UAUAAGUGUCAAUCUGGAUCCGCUCUGUUAACAAAAACAAGUAUAUAAGCGCGCACCCAUUCGCUAAUGAGGUGCUGAGUGCACCGUAUGUGAACCGCGAUGGUCGCCUUCAGAGACGCAGUGCAGGUGGCUGCAGUUCUCGCUUUUAUCUUGACACAAUGCACUUCAGGGGAGGAGGCGACGGCGAGGCAGAAGCGUGGCGGUUUGGCGAUGCUUAGCUUCGGGCAGAAGCAGCAGGUCGUCCAGGAGACGGAAACGGUGACGACAACGACGACGACGAAGGUGGUGCGGCGGAACGACGUCUUCGGGUACAACGAGCGGAUGAGCAAGCCGCCGCCGCCGGUCUCAGUGUGUCGCCGCUACGGCUACGACUCCGAGGGCCUCUACUCCAUCAAGGCCUUCACGAAGCUCCUGGAGAGCCUGAAUAAGGCCCAGUGCGACAUCGUCCAGGAGAUCAUCUACCCGGCCGACAACAGCCUGAGCCUCCGGGACGACGACACCGCCGACUACAUCGUCGUCGGCCUCGGGGUCGCCGGCUCCGUCAUCGCCAGUCGCCUCUCCGAGAUCCCCUCCAACUCCGUCAUCGGUCUCGAGGCUGGUGGCAAUCCCAGCUUGAUCACCGAGUUCCCCAGGCUAUGGACAGAGGCCGCAGACACGGAAUACGAAUGGAACUACCGCUUGAGGGCGGACAACUACAGCUGCCUAUCAUCCGAGUACCAGCGCGGGAAGCUGUACAAAGGCCGCGGUCUGGGCGGCACUUCCGCGAUCGACCUGAUGAUCUACGACCGUUGCAUGACAUCCGACUACGAGAAAUUCAACGAAAUCGGUCUCCCGGACUGGGGCUACGAAGCCUGCCUGAAAUACUACAUGAAAUCGGAGGACGCCAGGUGCGAGGAGAUCUUCACCAAGGUGACGACCAUCCGGGCGUCGCACAACUCCGGAGGCCUCCUCACCGUCGACUCCUUCUACAACAGCCAGACCGUCUCCAUCCGCAAGUCGUUCGGCCAGUGCAUCUCCGAGCUCGGGAUGACGAGCAAGGACGUCUUCACCGAGAUCGACCACGACGGGUUCGCCCCCUCGUUGGCGCUCAUCAAGGACGGUCUCCGUGUCAACGUGGCCAGGGCCUUCCUGAGCCCGCGGGAGGUGCGGCGCCGACCCAACUUGAAAGUCUGCAAGUUCUCCUACGUGACGAGGCUUCUCCUCGACGAUGCCAACACCAAAGUCAUCGGCGUCGAGUUCCGGAAUAGGCUCGGCGACCUGGUCAAGUUGUACUGCAACAAGGAGGUGAUCCUGACGGCCGGCGCUAUCGAGUCCCCGCACGUCUUGCAGAACUCCGGCAUCGGCGACCCGGUCGACUUGGCGCGCGUCGGCACCAUCCUCCGCAAAGAGCGUCCCGGCGUCGGGAAGAACCUCCAGAUGCACCCGCUCUUCCCGGGCGCCAUCAUGACGUUCAAGACGCCGCCGAUCGCCCAGUGGCCGGUCGGGGACAUGCUCUACGAGCUCAUCGCCCACCGCAAGGGCCCCAUCACCAACAUCGGACUCACCAGCUACACCGGCUUCGUCAAGACCAACACGAGCGACGUCCCGAACCUCCAGAUCAUCCCGUACUACUUCUCCAAGGAGGACUCUCUCUUCCUCAACGGGCAGCUCGCCGUCUUCGGCUACGACGAGGCCACCCGCAAGAAGAUCCGCGAGAUCAACCGCGAGAGCUCCAUCGCCAUGUUCGGCGUGUCGCUCUUGUACCCCAAGUCCGUGGGCUCCGUCUACCCGGAAACGAGCAACCCCUACGACCACCCGGUCAUCGACGCUAAGCUCUUGAGCGACCCGGAGGACAUCUACUCCGUCUUGGGAGGAAUCGACUGGGUCCGAGGCCUGGAGGAUUCCCCCGUGUUCCAGAAAUUCGGCGCCAAGUUCCUACCGCUGUAUGUCGACAACUGUCUCUACCCUAUCGGCUCUAGGGAGUACUGGAUGGAGGCUGUCAGACACCUGACAGUUCCGCGGAAGCACCCUGUCGGCACGUGUAAGAUGGGUCUGCCCGACGAUCCGCUGGCAGUCGUCGAUCCUGAUUUCCGGUUCAUCGGACUCGAUAACCUCCGCAUUGGUGACUCCUCCAUCUUGCCCAGGAUAUUCUCGUCCGACUCCAGCGCUGUUACCGUCAUGAUCGCUGAGAAAUGCGCUGAUAGAAUCAUGAGUCAAAUUUGAAAGCUUGCCUGAUAUGCUUAUGGAGUUUUAAAAUGUAUUGCCUGUUAGCAUGGACCCUCUCUCAGUUUCUGUUUAUCCUCUUUUUUAUUUGAGCGCACGCCUGAGUUCCCCAUUUUGUAUGAGUUGUUUCCCAGGACGUUUCGAAGAGAUACCUCCGCACCAGACAUUGCACUCGGUGUCUACCUGUUGAAAGCUUAUUUAAAAUUCUGUCUCAUUUUUACAUCACGGUAUAUCUAUAAAAAUUUGUCAUAUUUCGAUUGAAGAAUAAAACCAACAUCUUGUCCCAAUAAAUUUCUUGUUCUGAUAACA